AUGAAGUUCGGCACAGCACUUGCUUUGGGUAUCGCCCCGGCUGCUAUGGCAGCCAAGGUCCGCAACACCUACCCACCCGCGCGCCGGGCUUGGGAUUAUGGACUGAAUGCUCGGGAUGGUCACUUGCCCGCAGAGGCAGGCCAUGAACCCGCCCACGAGCCCGCGGUCGGCGAGCAUGUCUCGAACGAGGAUCAGUGGCACUGGCCUGAGGAGGUGGCUGUCGGCAAGCAAACCGAAGUCAUCAUCAUUUGGCAGCACCCGGGCGGCGAGGGCCACGAGACCGUCAAGUACCACGACAAGGUCACAGUCACCGAGACUGUUACUGCUACGGCUCAUCCUGGAGCGGCUCCUACUGAGAUGCCCGUCGCUCACCCCCCGGAGGCCGCCGCCACUCACACCGUUACUGUCGGCGGACCCAACGGCCUUGUCUACGAACCAGAGUCGCUGCACAAUGUGCCCGUCGGAGACAUGGUCAUCUUUGAGUAUCUUGCUCAGAACCACACCGUCACUCAAUCUACCUUUGAUCUGCCAUGCGACCCUCUUGCAGGUGGCAUGGACACGGGCCACCAGCCCAACCCCGACAACUCCAUCGUGCCUCCUCCUCAAGUAGCCAUGCAGGUUACCACGGGCGACCCUUUGUGGUUCUACUGCAAGACAGGCACACACUGCAGUGCCGGCAUGGUUUUCUCUAUCAACCCCACCGAGGAGAAGUCCCAGGCCAUUUUCAAGGAGAAGGCCAUGAACACAGACCAAGGCGAGGGCGCAGCACCUCCUGCUACUCCCCCCCCUGCCGAGAGCGGGACGCCGGCCGAGCCUCCCGCUGAAGAAGCUCCCGCUGAAGAAGCUCCCGCUGAAGAAGCUCCCGCUGAGGGCGACGCAAACCUCACGCCUGGAAAGGGUUACGUUGGAGAAGAUGGAAGCUGCGUCUGCAUGGUCACCUGCUCUGCUUGGGGCUUCCCAGACAGCAAGGCCCAGGGCGUUGGCGCAACAGGUGGCAUGGCUGGUUCAAUGCCCGUCAAGAUGGCUGGUCUGCGCUAG